UGUGGCCCACACAUUACUCUCGGCCUUUUGGAAACACUUCAAAAUUUGUGGCUCCAAUUUGGGGAGCCGGAAAAACAUUCCAUGGCUGGAUCACCUGGCGUCAAGGAUAAACUGAAUCUGAUUGUUGGCGGGGACAUUUGCGAGGUAUACCGGGAUGGCUUCAAUUGCGGAACCUUUGGCUUCUGGUGCGGACUCGUCGGAUUGGCCGUUUUCCUAAUUUUUCUCGCCUACUUUCAUAUAAAUCGGGAGCGAAUAGAUCCGACGCCAUAAUCCCCCUAAAUGUGGACAGCUCUACAUAAAUGUGUCAUAAAUAAACAGUAAUUUUAAUAAAA